UUUACCAAUGAGAAUUCGUAUAUUAAGGCAAUAACGGAUCGUUAUGUGCAGCUAAGCCACGGUGAGGUGGAAAAGAAGGUGGAGCUGAAGCCAUACGUUCUGGAUGACCAGCCUUGUGAUGAAUGUGCCGGUGAGCGGUGUGGGCACCGACAUGCUCCAUUCUUUUGCCCGCAACCGUCCUGCUUGCAGUACUACUGCGAGCACUGCUGGACCACCAUUCAUCGCUGUCGCACACGAGAAACCCACAAACCGUCAGUGAAGGAAGCUUGA